AUGGCGGUCAACGCGAGUUUCGUCUCGCCCACGGCGGAUGCAAAAGUUGCGCAUGUCCUCCAGCAAUUCGAUACCAACGGUCUCCUAUCCUCCGUCUUCUCCGGCUUCAAUGCCUGGAAGCUCGCUCUGACGCUUAUCAUAACGGCGGUGGCGUACGACCAGUUCAAAUACAUCUGGAACAAGGGCUCAAUCGUCGGUCCCUCGUGGAAGAUACCCUUCAUCGGUCCAUUCCUCGAGUCUGUCAACCCCGAUUUCAAGAAGUACCACGAAAAAUGGAUGUCCGGUCCUCUCAGCUGCGUAUCCGUCUUCCACAAAUUCGUCGUCAUUGCCUCCACCCGCGACAUGGCCCGCAAGAUCUUCAACUCCCCCGCCUUCGUUAAGCCCUGCGUCGUCGAUGUCGCGCAGAAGCUCCUCCGCCCUGAGAACUGGGUCUUCCUCGACGGCCGUGCCCACGUCGACUACCGCAAGGGUCUCAACAGCUUGUUUACUCGUCAAGCGCUCGAACAGUACCUACCGGGUCAGGAGGAAGUCUACAACACAUACUUCAAGCGCUUUGUGGAGCUUUCGCAAGUAGAGAACAAGGGCAAGCACAUUCCCUGGAUGCAAGAGUUCCGCCUCAUGAUCACUGCGUUGAGCUGCCGUACCUUCGUCGGUCACUACUGCUCUGACGAGGCCGUCAAGAAGAUCGCCGACGACUACUACCUGAUCACUGCUGCGCUCGAGCUUGUCAACUUCCCUAUCAUUAUCCCCUUCACCAAGACCUGGUACGGAAAGAAGUGCGCUGACAUGGUCCUGGAUGAGUUCUCCAAGUGUGCCGCAAAGAGCAAGGUCCGCAUGGCUGCUGGUGGCAAGAAGGAGUGCAUUCUCGACUUCUGGGUAGACAACAUGAUCGAGUCUGAGAAGUACCGCAAGAGGGUGGAAGCUGGCGAGAAGGUCGAUGACUCCGAGAAGCCCGCGACUGUCAUUCGCUGGUUCAGCGACCUUGAGAUCUCCAUGACCAUCUUCACCUUCCUCUUCGCUUCCCAGGACGCUACCUCUUCUGCCGCCACAUGGCUAUUCCAGAUCAUGGCUGACCGCCCGGAGUACCUCGACAAGAUCCGCGAGGAGAACAUCAAGGCCAGAAACGGCGAUGUCCACGGUACCCUUUCGCUUGACGCCAUCGAGAAGUUGCAAUGGACCCGCGCUAUUGUCAAGGAGACCCUCCGCUACCGUCCCCCAGUCAUCAUGGUUCCUUACUUGGCCAAGAAGGACUUCCCUGUAACACCUGAAUACACCGUUCCCAAGGGCUCCAUGGUCAUUCCUACCACAUACCCGGCACUCCACGAUCCUGAAGCAUACCCCAACCCAGACUCGUUCGAGCCUGAGCGAUGGAUCACCGGUAACGCUGAUCAACAAACCAAGAACUGGCUCGUAUUCGGCACAGGUCCCCACUACUGCCUGGGCCAGACAUACGCGCAAGCCAACCUCAUGUUGAUGAUUGGCAAGGCGAGCAUGUUGCUUGACUGGGACCACAAGGUCACCGAUCAGAGUGAGGUGAUCAAGGUGUUUGCCACCAUUUUCCCUAUGGAUGACUGCCUUCUUACAUUCAAGGACCGAACAGCGGCAUAA